AUGGGUUACCAGUGCAAUAUUCCGUAUAUUUUGCUGGUCUCGUUCCUGCGGAGGAUCCCCGCGGAGCGUGCACAGCACGACAGUGAGCAGACGCGAACGCACCAGCACUUUUUCAACGUGCUAUGGUUCAGUUGUUGUGGCAUUGAUGGAGUAGUGUGUUUUCUUGAUGAUGCGCUUAUUGCAGCACCUACUCCUCAGUUACAUUGGGAACGUGUGGAACAAGUACUUAAUAGGUUAAGAGGCGCGGGAUUGAUAUUACAAAAAAGCAAAUGUUCAUUUCUUCAGGAAAAGGUUGAAUAUUUAGGCUUUAUAAUAAAUCGUGAUGGUAUUCAUAAAAAUCCAAAUAAGAUCAAAGCUAUUAUGGACGUAAAGGUACCUCUUAAUACAAAACAAUUAAAGUCAUUUCUAGGUAUUGUAAAUUUUUAUCACAGUUUCAUACCGCAAGCGGCGGUAAUACUAGAACCAUUACAUAGUUUAUUGCGAAAGGAUGUUGAGUGGGUUUGGUCGGAAAAACAUCAAAAAUCGUUUAAUGAUGUAAAAAAAGAGUUGGGUUCGUCACGAGUGUUGGCUCACUUUGACCCCCGACAACAGCUGGUGCUCACCGUGGACGCAGCGCCGGGCGGCCUAGGUGCGGUAUUAGCAGUGCGUUACCACAACGGCACAGAGCGUCCCAUUAGCUAUGCGUCACGGGCAUUGAAUAAGAGUGAGCGUAAAUACAGUCAGAUCCAGAAAGAAGCUACGGCCAUAAUUUACGUCGAAAUGGAACCGCCGGAGGUCGAUACUUGUACUGAAUUACCAAGUUACAUAAAUGCACUAGCCGAAGCUGGCGCCGCGCUUCCCGCAUCAUUAGGUGAGAUGCAGUCAGCUACUAUUGCUGAUAAUACGCUUUCUGCGGUGAUACAGUACGUAAAUAAAGGUUGGCCAAGAAAAGUACGAGCUGAAUUGUUGCCAUUCAGCCGGUGUCAGCAUGAACUGCAUGUUGAUAAUGGAUGUCUAAUGCGUGGACAUCGUGUAGUUGUGCCGGAGAUGUACAGGCCGGCUGUCAUCCAAGAACUGCACGCUGCACACUUGGGAAUUAUAAAAAUGAAAUCGUUAGCUCGAGAGCGUUGUUGGUAUCCGGGUAUUGAUCGAGACAUUGAACAAGUAGUGUCUAACUGUGAUCGUUGCAUUUCUCUUCGGUCGUCACCACCAAAAGCUACACUGGAGCCAUGGGAUUGGCCCUUGGCUGUUUUCGAUAGAAUUCAUUUGGACUAUCUCGGACCUUUACAUAAUAAAACAUUUCUUUGUUUGGUCGACGCGCAUAGUAAGUGGAUAGAAUGUUUAGACAUGUCAAAUAUGACUUCUCAAUGUUUAAUUUUUAAUCUAAAGAAAGUUUUUUCGAGAUUCGGAUUGCCCAAAACAAUUGUAACAGACAAUGCUACAACUUUCACGUCUGCUGAGUUUGCAAAAUUUUGUAAGGUUAAUGGUAUUAUACACAUAUUGACACCCGUUUAUUCACCACAAAGUAACGGACUCGCCGAGAACGCGGUGCGAACGUGUAAAAAAUUCAUUAAAAAUGCUCUAAAGGAUGGUACAAUUAAAAACAUUAACAGUCGGCUAGAUGAUUAUUUAUUUCAUUACCGAAAUACGCCACACUGUACGACCGGAGUAUCGCCGUCAAUGCUUAUGUUUAAUAGGAACUUACGCUGUAAGCUCGAUCUCAUUUCUGUAGGAGCAUCAACCGAUACAGCUAAGCAAUCAUUCGUGAAUGAUCGUGUGCGGUUACACCAGGGUCGACAGAGGCGUAAUUUUGGUGGCAAAGGAAGGUUUUUUUCUCAGGGUGAUAACGUAUGGAUAAGAGAUUAUCGAUUUAACCCAAAAAAACCUGUGUGGGUUUUGGGCUCGGUUGUCAAUCGUGUAGGUAAGGUUCUGUACCACGUAAACGUGAAGGGGACAGACAUCGUUUGGAGGCGUCACGUAAAUCAAUUACUAGACGCCAAGAUUAAUAAUCGUGCGUUAAAUAGAGCUGCUUGGUCAUAUGAAAAGCACGAGGGCGCGACGGCUCAAUGUCACGAAUCGGUUCAGUCGGCUUCGUCACCUAUAGCCCCGGAGUCGGGUGUACCGGACGCGAGCGGGCCGCCUGCGCGCAGUCCCCGCACGCCGCCCGGCUCCCCCGAACCGUCGGCACUCAGCGACGCCGACGAUGGCUUGUAUGGAACGCCUCCCAGCGAUGUACCCGACGAGCGAUCAACGUUACGUGUAUCGUCUGUUCCCGAAGUCCGCCGCACACGGUCGGGUCGAAGAGUUUACCCGCCAAAAAUAUUAUUUCUUUGA